CGGCUGCGCGGCGGCGGGCCGGGCGCCGUCGGGCUGGGCGGCGGCAGCGACGGCAGCGGCGGACAGGAGCCCGGCCUGACCCUCGCUGGGAGCAGCGUGAGCCGGCCGCGGGCCACCAUGUCGGCGCCGUCGGAGGAGGAGGAGUACGCGCGGCUGGUGAUGGAGGCUCAGCCCGAGUGGCUGCGUGCUGAGGUGAAGCGGCUGUCGCACGAGCUGGCCGAGACCACGCGCGAGAAGAUCCAGGCGGCCGAGUACGGGCUGGCGGUGCUGGAGGAGAAGCACCAGCUCAAGCUGCAGUUCGAGGAGCUCGAGGUGGAUUACGAGGCCAUCCGCGGCGAGAUGGAGCAGCUCAAGGAGGCAUUUGGACAGGCGCACACGAACCACAAGAAGGUAGCCGCGGACGGCGAGAGCCGGGAGGAGAGUCUGAUCCAGGAGUCGGCCUCCAAGGAGCAGUACUAUGUGCGCAAGGUGCUGGAGCUGCAGACGGAGCUGAAGCAGCUGCGGAACGUGCUCACCAACACUCAGUCGGAGAGUGAGCGCCUGGCGUCCGUGGCGCAGGAGCUGAAGGAGAUCAACCAGAACGUGGAGACCCAGCGUGGCCGCCUGCGGGAUGAUAUCAAGGAGUACAAGUUCCGAGAGGCCCGUCUGCUGCAGGACUACUCGGAGCUGGAGGAGGAGAACAUCAGCCUGCAGAAGCAGGUGUCCGUGCUCAGGCAGAACCAGGUGGAGUUUGAGGGCCUCAAGCACGAGAUCAAGCGUCUGGAGGAGGAGACCGAGUACCUCAACAGCCAGCUGGAGGACGCCAUCAGGCUCAAGGAGAUCUCGGAGCGGCAGCUGGAGGAGGCGCUGGAGACGCUGAAGACAGAGCGCGAGCAGAAGCUCAGUCUGCGCAAGGAGCUGUCCCACUACAUGAGCAUCAACGACUCCCUCUACACCAGCCACCUGCACGUCUCCCUGGACGGCCUCAAGCUUGGCGACGACGCCGAGGCUCUGGCCAACGGCUUCGAGCACGGCAGCCUGGCCAAGCUGCCGCUCGACAACAGAACCUCCACACCCUCCAAGGACGGUCUCGCCCCGCCCUCCCCCAGCCUGGUGUCCGACCUCCUCAGCGAGCUCAACAUCUCCGAGAUCCAGAAGCUGAAGCAGCAGCUGGUGCAGCUGGAGCGGGAGAAGAUGGGCCUGCUGACGACGCUGCAGGACACACAGAAGCAGCUGGAGCAGGCGCGGGGCGCCCUGUCGGAGCAACACGAGGAGGUGAGCCGCCUCACGGAGAACCUCAGUGCCCUGCGGCGCCUGCAGGCCGGCAAGGAGCGGCGGACGGCCCUGGACAGCGAGAAGGAGCGGGACAGCCACGAGGAUGGUGACUACUACGAGGUGGACAUCAACGGCCCUGAGAUCCUGGCUUGCAAGUACCGCGCGGCCCUGGCAGAGGCCAGCGAGCUCCGAGAGCAGCUGAAAGCCCUGCGCAGCGCACACGAGGCCGGCGAGGCCCGGCACGCGGAGGAGAAGGGCCAGCAUGAGGCCGAGAGCCAGGCGCUCGCCGAGAAGGUCUCCCUGCUGGAGAAGGCCGGCCGCCAGGACCGCGAGCUGCUGGCCCGGCUGCAGGCAGAGCUGAAGAAGGUGAGCGAUGUUGCGGGUGAGACGCAGGGCAGCCUGAGCGUGGCCCAGGACGAGCUGGUGACCUUCAGCGAGGAGCUGGCCAACCUCUACCACCACGUGUGCAUGUGCAACAACGAGACACCCACCCGCGUCGUGCUGGACUACUACCGAGAGGGCGCGGCUGGCGCCGGCCACGGCAGCCCUGAGGCCCGCGAGCGCCGCUCGCCCGUCCUGCCCAAAGGACCGCCGGCCGCGGAGGCUGCGGCCGGGGACAGCAGCCCUUCGCCCAGCCCUUCCCUGCCCUCGCCUCUGAGUGACCCGCGCCGGGAGCCCAUGAACAUCUACAACCUGAUCGCCAUCAUCCGCGACCAGAUCAGGCACCUGCAGGCAGCCGUGGACCGCACCACGGAGCUGUCGCGGCAGCGCCUGGCCUCCCAGGAGCUGGGCCCUGCCUCGGAUAAGGACCGGGAGGCACUCAUGGAGGAGAUCCUCAAGUUGAAGUCUCUGCUGAGCACCAAGCGGGAGCAGAUCACCACGCUGCGCACGGUCCUCAAGGCCAACAAGCAGACGGCCGAGGUGGCCCUGGCCAACCUGAAGAGCAAGUACGAGAAUGAGAAGGCCAUGGUGACCGAGACCAUGAUGAAGCUGCGUAACGAGCUGAAGGCCCUCAAGGAGGACGCGGCCACCUUCUCCUCGCUGCGGGCCAUGUUUGCCACCAGGUGUGACGAGUACAUCACGCAGCUGGAUGAGAUGCAGCGGCAGCUGGCAGCCGCCGAGGACGAGAAGAAGACGCUCAACUCUCUGCUGCGCAUGGCCAUCCAGCAGAAGCUGGCGCUGACCCAGCGGCUGGAGCUGCUCGAGCUGGACCACGAGCAGACCCGGCGGGGCCGCGCCAAGGCCGCCUCCAAGGCCAAGCCGGGCACCCCGAGCCGUUGUGUGGUGCUGCGUUUCCUGAAGUUUCCUCCAAACAGGAAGAAGGCCUCAGAAGAGAUAUUUCAGCACCUACAGAACAUAGUGGACUUCAGCAAAAAUGUCAUGAAAGAGUUUUUGGGGGAGAACUACGUCCACUGUGGGGAGGUGGUUCAGCUGCCUUUAGAUUUCGUGAAACAGCUUUGUUUAAAGAUACAGUCUGAAAGACCAGAAUCCCGCUGUGACAAGGACCUGGACACCCUCAGUGGCUAUGCGUUGUGCCUUCCCAAUUUAGCCCGACUUCAGACUUACCGUUUUGUUGAGCACCGGCCGAUUCUGUGUGUAGAGAUCAAGCCAAAAUGUGGGUUUAUUCCUUUCUCCGGUGACGUUACGCACGAGGUGAAGCACAAAGUGUGCCGUUACUGCAUGCACCAGCACCUCAAGGUGGCAACCGGGAAGUGGAAGCAGAUAAGUAAAUACUGCCCCCUCGAUCUCUACUCAGGGAAUAAACAGAGAAUGCACUUUGCUUUGAAGAGCUUGUUACAGGAAGCUCAGAACAACUUAAAGAUAUUUAAGAAUGGUGAGCUGAUUUAUGGCUGCAAAGAUGCCCGCAGCCCCGUGGCCGACUGGAGUGAGCUUGCACACCACCUGAAGCCGUUCUUCUUCCCGUCCAAUGGCCUGGCUGGCGGGCCCCACUGCACGGGUGCCGUGAUCCGGGAGCUGGUGCGUGUUAUCACACGGGUGCUGCUGAGCGACUCUGAAAAGGGCCGGGCUGGCGCCCUGAGGCUGGGGCCAGGCCCGCAGGGCCCUCGUGUCUGUGAAGCCAGCCCUUUCGGCAGGAGCCUGCGCCACCAAGGAAAAAGCGCCCCGGAGUGCUCGGGGUUACCGAAGGGCUGUCUUCUGUACAAAACCCUCCAGGUGCAGAUGUUGGACCUGCUGGACAUCGAAGGCCUCUACCCUCUGUACCGGCGGGUUGAGCGGUACCUGGAGGAGUUUCCUGAGGAGAGAAAAACAUUGCAAAUAGAUGGGCCUUAUGACGAAGCGUUUUACCAGAAGUUGCUUGAUCUUUCCACCGAGGACGACGGGACAGUGGCCUUUGCACUGACGAAGGUGCAGCAGUACCGGGUGGCCAUGACCGCAAAGGACUGCUCCGUCAUGAUUGCGCUUUCCCCCUGUCUGCAGGAUGCCAGCUCCGAGCAGAGGCCUGUCGUCACUUCAUCGAGAUCCAGGUUUGCCUUCUCUGUGUCUGUGCUGGACCUCGACCUCAAGCCCUAUGAGAGCAUUCCACACCAGUAUAAACUGGAUGGGAAGAUCGUCAACUACUACUCAAAGACUGUACAUGCCAAAGACGCGGCUGUGAUGUCAGCCAGGUUCAAGGAAAGUGAGGACUGCACGUUAGUUCUGCACAAGGUCUAACCGCCUCCUGUGGUGUCCCUGAAACUUGAACACAGAAUGUGAAGGUCAAAUGGCAGAGCUACUUUUUGUCGCGUUGGGUGACUUUUGGCUGUGAAUGUUUUCGCUUUUUAACCCCCGUUCAGGUGGGGACUGCGUCUGGGUGACCCGGAAUGCACGAUCACCACCCACGCUGUCCAGGACGAGAUGUGUCGGACGUGUGCCCCAUGGCGUGCCGUGGCCCCACACCUUCCACCCGGGGUUCGCGUCUAACCUCUGGCAUGAGAGCCUCAAGACCCGAGGUUUGGAUCUCCUACCACCAGACUCUAACAUAGAAAACUUGAAUUGUCGCGUACGUCUUACAGUUUGGACUUGAAAGAAAACAUGGAUACUACUGGAACUUUCCCAGAUGGGUUACGUGGUCCCUUCUUCCUUGCGAGCCACCAGGUAGCACAGGCUUCGCGGGCUCCGUGCUGCAGAGUGGGGGUGGCUGGCAUGGAUGUGGGUCCUGGGCUGUGUGGACUCGGGGUCUCUGUGGAGGGGCCACACACACUGCUCUGCACAGGGUCAGCGGGGAGCACAGGACUCAGGUCAGGGGGUGGAUACCACUCAAACGAGCGCUGGCCGUUUUUAGCUAAACGAUCUGACCUGAACCGUAGGGGACACCAGGCAUUCCUUCCUGCGGGCAGGUGCUGCUGUGGUGCUGGGAGCAAGAGCUGCUGCCCGGGGCGGGUGUCCAGGCGGCCGUGCGCCGCGCAUGCUGGGUGUUCGGGGCCCUUGCUCCCGUGAGACGAGCCCCUCCUGGCUGGCACCAAGAGGUUCUCAUCAGGGUCGCCCCCUGCAGGUGUGCCCGGCUGCUAUGAAAACUGUCAGGAAUCUUGGCUUCAGUUUUUUAUUCUCUGGUAGGUUGUACAGAUUAUUUAUAUCACUGUUUUGAGGGACUAAUGAAGGCUUAUUGUAACAUAAGAUUAUAAUAGCGAAACCAUGGAAUUGUAUGAAAAUGCUACGUGGAAAAUAAGAAUAUUUUGCUGAUUGUAAACUUUCGUGGGGAAUUUUGUGAUAACUUGAGAAUUACAGUUGUUUGAAUCAAGCAA